UGGAAGGAAAGGGCAGCGGCUACCACAACAACUACAUCCGUAAACCAGUCCACCUAAACCGGGUUGAUGCCGCCUUGGGUGAGGUUUGUUUUUAUCUAAAUAAUGGCGGAGGACGAGUAAACUUGAUGCGGAGGAGGCACGAACUUCAUCGAGGUGGCGGGACUGUAAAGAUGUUACUUCCGGACACUCGUUUUUAACGACGCCAAGGGCUAGACGGUUAGCUUGUUUGUUAACCUGCUAGCCGCUUGCUUGUCAUCAAGUUCUUUUGUCCUUUUUACCGCAAAGGCAGGGGUUUAUACUAUAUCCGUUAGUUAAAACACCGCCACAAUAUUGGUAGGUUUUUGUGUCAUAUUUUAGCGUGGCAUAUGUAUCGAGUCACAAUAAAUGGAUGACAUGGCGUUUUAAUGGGAAACUCUUUCAAAAUAAAACAAAUUAGCCGCAUUAUUGAUGGCGUCCUCUAAACCAGACCUCGUCAGCAAUGAGAGCAAUUGUUCUAAAGAAAACAGCAAUGAGGCAUCAGACCAGAGCUGUUUUUGCCUUGAUGACCUGGUGAACAUCGCCACUGUAGGUACAGGAACCUUUGGUCGCGUUUUUCUGGUACGGGACAAGAAGAGCAGGACCUUCUAUGCCCUGAAGCAGAUGAAGAUCCCUGACGUGAUCCGCCUUAAGCAGGAGCAGCAUGUCUACAAUGAGAAAGCUGUGCUGAAAGAGGUCAACCACCCCUUCCUCAUUCGACUGUUUUGGACGCACCACGACGAAUGCUUCCUGUAUAUGUUGAUGGAUUACGUGCCUGGCGGUGAACUGUUCAGCUACCUCCGCAACCGGGGCCGCUUCACCAACGCAACCGCUCUCUUCUACGCCUCAGAGAUUGUCUGUGCUAUCGAAUACAUCCACUCCAAAGACAUAGUGUACCGCGACCUCAAGCCGGAGAACAUCCUCCUGGACAGGGAAGGACAUAUCCGCCUGACCGACUUUGGCUUUGCCAAGAAGCUUUCAGAGAGAACCUGGACUCUGUGUGGCACUCCAGAGUACCUUGCUCCAGAGGUAAUCCAGAGCAAAGGUCAUGGCCGAGCAGUGGACUGGUGGGCUCUCGGCAUCCUCAUCUUCGAAAUGUUGGCAGGAUAUCCACCUUUCUUUGAUGACAAUCCUUUUGGGAUCUACCAGAAAAUUCUGGCCGGAAAACUGGACUUUCCACGUCACCUGGAUUUCUAUGUCAAAGACAUCAUCAAGAAGUUUCUGGUGGUUGAUCGAGGAAGAAGACUCGGCAACAUGAAGAACGGAGCAGAUGAUGUCAAAAAACACAAAUGGUUUAAGACUGUCGACUGGGAGACCGUUCCUCUGAGAAGAAUGAAGCCUCCCAUCGUUCCCAAAGUGUCCCACGAAGGCGACACCACAAACUUUGAAGCGUACACCAACGACGAAUGGGAAAAAGAGACGUCCGUUCCACCGAGAGACUUGGAAAUCUUCAGUAGCUUCUGAUAACGCUCACUUUUCUUCAUAAUUUAAAAAAAAAAAAGAAAAAAAAAGGCCAAGUUGGUUAAAUCUUUUUAACCUGCUUAAUCUGCAAAUGAUUCAUCUCCACUUUCUGUUUUUUAGUAUUGCAAUCUGUCCUGAGCAGAACAAAACAAAGACUGUUACUUUCUAGGUUUUUUUAAAUAGUCUUUUAUAUUUUGUCCUCUUUUAAAGGACAUAUUUCUUUGACCUCUGAACCCUGUGACUGUUGUCUGGCCAGAAGCGAGUAUUAUGAGGAAUACGACUUUAAUUGUUUAUGAAAGGCAGCAAAGAGGUGCCUUAUGUUUUCGCUACCAGUUUUGGGGAAUUUCACUUGAAAUUGUGAUUUUUGUCAACCUGGAGUCGAUUGUGGCAUGUGUGGGGAAAAACUGCGGUUUUAAGGUGCUCUCGUCUGCUGUCAUGUUUGCUUUUGUUUUUGUUUUUUUUACGGUAAUGUCUCUAAAUGAAUGAAAAUGCAUUUAUGUUGUGAAUGAUCAGGAUCAGGUUGACAAAAUCGGUUUCUCGUUGGUGCUCAACAGUUGACACGUCUAAAGCCAUCUUCAAAGCCUCUGGAUUUGAAAGAACAGAAAAUAAACUUGCAACAUGUGGAAGGGAAACUCUUGCUUCUUCUUCUGCUUCUUCUCAGCGUUUAGUUUUUUUUUUACACUUGUCCCUUCGCCACUUUGCGGUUUGAAUGAUAAAUAAAUCAUGCUGUACAUGAUUGAAUGUGGCCUAUUAUUAGUCACAACUCAAAAUAUGAAUAUUUAAGCUAAUGUUACAUUUUUUUUUUUUAAGUAAUUAAGCAUUUUCGAGCAUAACAAUGGCUAAAUAAACUAAAACACAUAUUUAAGGCAUUCAAAGACGCUGAUAUACUUGUUGUAUUGGACACUAGUCAGUAGAUGUCAGUAAUGUUACUGUGAAGUUCGGUGAGACACACAAGCAGCAGACCCAGACAAAAAUCCCUAAUAAAAACAUACUUUUGCAGCCGUAAUCCUCGGCAAACUGAAACUCAACUCUGAACCCCAGCCAUCACUUCCAGUCCGCCACUCACUCUACUCCCCUGGGGAACACAUUUACAGCAACACAAACGGGCCUUAUUUCUUAUAAGGCUUAUUUCUUAUAUGUCUUACUGCACUAUAUUGGGUAACAUGAGUAUAAAGGUGACUAUAGGGGUGUUAUUUCAUGUCUAGAGGGCUUUAAUAAUAAACAGGUUUUCAAUGCUGUAACUACGAAAAUAAUCAAUUUAUAAGGAAUACUACUUUACCGAAAUUCACUUGUCACGGUCGGGUCUGGAGCCAAUUUACCACGAUAAACGAGGGACGACUGUAUAUGUCAAAGUAGCUGAGGAACACUUCAAAUUGCUUUUAAGUCAGCUGCAUGCUUUGCAUUUUAUGGAUUUUAAUAUUUUUCAGUUUUUAUUUUAAUAAAAAGAAUUCAAUACCUGAUCUUUACCACUGACUACUUGAGGCAGCUAUUGUCUGUGGCGUUUGGGUGCAUGGCUAACAUCUAUCCAAUCACAUACUUUACAAAGACAUCAACAGUCCAUUUUUUUAAGGGCACAAUCCACCCUUCUCAGUUGAUUGCGCCGUCCUACGUCGAGCCUGUUCAUGGCGAAGAUCAGCCUCCGCCCUUUUGUGCAUAAUCUUUUAUGGACCGAAUUUACAGGCACAGCCAAGGCUUUGAGGAUGUCCAGUUUGGGGGCCUUUGGAGCUCAUCCUGGUGCGACCUUGGGCAUUUACCUGGGCUGUUCACGAUUCUGGCAUGAGGUUUUACAAAUCCAGAUCUGAGGCCAUGGCUCUCAGCGAGGUAAGGGUGGAUUGCACCCUCUGGGUUGGGAGUGAGGUCUUGCCCCGAACAGACGAGUUCAAGUAUCUCAGGAUUUUGUUCACAAGUGACGGAAGGCUGGAGUGUGAGAUCGACAGGCAGGUGGGCGCGGCACCUGCAGUAAUGCGGUCACUAUAUUGGACUGUCUUGACCUGGACCGAUCUAUGUUCCUAACCUCACCUGGUUGCAAAUUUUGGGUAGUGACCUAAAGAGCAGGAUCGUGGAUACAAGCGACUGCAAUGAGUUUCCUCCGUAGGGUGGUUGGACUCACCCUAAAAGAUAGGGUGGGGAUCUCAGAGUAGCAGAGGAACCAGUUGAGUUUGGUAGGUCAACUUGUCCAAAUGCCUUUGUGGUGAGGUGUUCCGUGCAUGCUCAACUGGGAGGAGGCCAAGGACACGCUGGAGGGAUUAUGUCCCGCAGCUCGCAUCACAGUGGAACUGGCACAGGUGGUUGGAGACCUGGAAGUCUGGGCUUCCCUACUAAAGGUGCUCACAGACUCCAACGUACAGUGAGCGGGGCGGACGCCAUGCCAAACGUCUGCGGUCAUCAGAGCUUUCAUAGCGGAGCGCACUGCCUAUGAUGCAGUUUCAUGCGACGUUUCUGUGAAACACGACAUACACUACAUGUACUUACACGACAUACAACACAAUCCUUGUGCGUUUUUUCUCUCCUGGCGUCCUACGCAGAUGAUGAGUAAGACGAGCUGCUCUGCCUGCUGGCUUUGCUGCCUCAUCCUUGCCCAGUGUUUGAGCAAUGUCUUUGGUUUUUGGUCGUCCUUGUAGUCUCUCUGUGACGUGUCAUAAGAUCGCCGUACUUUUUCUGCCCGUCUCUCUUUGAAGCUCGUCUCCAUUGGACUUGACAGUGUGUCACAUUAAAAACGGGUCGAUGUGAAAAAUACAUGCCAAGCGGUGUUUUAUGUGACAUUAGUGCGCGGAGUCCGAGUGGUAGUGAAAUUGGAGCUUUGCGCACAAGGGGCUUGCGGACGCCCGUUUUGAGUCUGCACGGACCUCUGCAAACUCCGUUCUGUGUACUUUCCACCCAAGUAUGUUUGGACCUUAAGCCGUCACAACCAGACGUAAAUUCUUUUUGCCAGCGUGAUUUUUGGCGUUCCCCAAAAAGCUGUGUUUUUUGUUUGUUUGUGGAGAACGUAGUCGUGGUGACCAUGAAGGAGUAAGAUCUCGACAGGCAUGGAGGACGUACUAAAUACCUGAACGUGCGUCUAAUUACAUAUGUGGGGUGCAUGUGUGGCGCACGACACACAUAGGAGUCCGCAAGUGCCACGUACGAAAAAAGUGACAUUUUGCACAAACCUGACACCAGCAAAACGUACGGAAGACGCACGUUGCCUGUACGGGUAAUGCACGAAGGCGUACAAAGUGCGUAAGUUUGUCUUGCAACCUGUAAAAAACGCAAGCGCCCGUUGAGUUUUUAUUGUCAAAACAUAGAACGUCUGUGGCCGGUCUAUGGUUCGAAAAUCAGCACAUCACGCAUGCCCUCCCUGCGAUUCCUGCAUUUUUUUGCACGUAGACCGACCGUAGGAGCCCAUAUGACAGGUUGUGACCUUAGCUUCAACACUGCUCUCCCCUGCAACCCACAACCGGAUAAGGAGGACAGGUUUUCUAGAAACCCAAUAAUGUUUUACAUGUUUCCAUUCAAAACAAGUAAAUAUAACUUUAUGACACUAAGGAGAACUAAGGUGGGGGAAAAAAAGUUUUUAUUGUGGCAAGUCAACAAUAGCAUAAAUUAGGAUGAUGUUGAAAUUCCUCACCAGCAGGUUUGUCAUAAUUGAGAAACAAUAAUAUCCAUCCAUUGACGCUUGAAAAAAGCACCUACAUUAAACUUUUCCAAUCUUUUCAUCUCUUAAUCUAAGGGAAAAAAACACUGCAGACAUUACGACAUAAAACAUUCCUACUAUCACAACAGAAAUCCAAAAAUGACACCAGGAUGUGCGAAUACACAGAAGUAACAAGAACAAUGUACAAUAAAUGGUCAAGCUGGUAAAAUGUUUUGUCAUGAUAAAAAAAACAAGGCAUCAGACUGAACAACAACAACAACAUAUAAAAGAAUCCAAUGGAGGAGGUCUUUCUUGUGCAGUCGCCAGUCUACGAUCUACUGAGCAAGGUGCUGAAAGCUGGAAAAAGAGAAUACAAAUACAGUAUGUAUCAUUCACCAGCAUGUUCUUAGAAAACAUCAUCUACAACACUUCAGAAUCAAGAACAUGACCAAAGCAGAAACACGAAAUAUUACAUCACACUCACUAUUCACUCAUGCGCACUAGUCUGGAAGGUUUCCUGUGGAAGUGGCGAAUAAAUCCUUUCCUGGGCUGUCAAAACGGCGCAGUAAUCCCACGUUUUUCGCGAUUAAUUGGUUCCAGAGCCGACAGUGAUAAGUGAAUUUAUGCCAAGUAUGAUUCCUUAUUUAUAAAUGGAAUACUUUCAUAGUUAGAGCAUAGCAAACCUGUUUACCAACUUCUAAAUACGGGUUUUAACAUCAUUAGAGCCCUGUAGACAUGAAAUAACACCCCUAUAGUCACCUUUACACUUUUAUUACCCAAUAUAGUUGACAUAAUAGAAAAUAACACAUUGAAGACCUAAAUAAGACAUAAUAUAGACUCACAUCGUUGCAUUGGGAGAGUCACAAUGACCAGUGUAAAAUACUACUUAUCAAAAAUGUAUUUGAAUGCUUCUUCUGAAUGCCUUGUAUUUGUAUUUUAGUUCUUUAGCCACUUUUACGCUUGAAAAUACUUGAUUUAGGUCAGGAAUAGGUCAAAUUUUAAUAGGCAUUUUUUUUUUUUUGUUACUAAUGAUAUGCUGUAGUUACCACAAAACAUUGCUGAUUUUUGUAAUGUUUUGAAAAACCAUGAUAAAGUAAAGGCACAAAAUUUGAAGCGAAAAGUGACAAGGCACGACUGUAUACACGACUCUCUCAUUUGUUCGUCGAACGCACGCAGAACAAUGAACAUGUCUGCCUGCUUUCUUCGUGUCGCAACAGGAUCAGUUAUGUGCUGACUGUUCAUGCGCUCAGGCGGUCAAGCGCCCUGUCAAAUCCUGAAUAUCGGGAAUUGGUGGAGGACGCAAAAACGGCGACGUUACCUUACGCAUGCUAGCUGGCCUCGUGAGAAGAAUCUGAAAUCUGAUGUUUAAAUAACUGGUGACACUUACCGAACUUCCACUGAAACUAAGUAACAUGGGCCAGCACUACUGAUUCUGAAGGCCGUGUGCAGAUUACACCGGCAUUGCAACGCAUAGAAGCUGAAAUCUGAUUGGAGCUACCAUACACAUACACUACUGGAAACAAAGCACCAAGAGACACGCUACUAAAUGAAGAUAAUGGACUGUUGGGAAUGAGUUUAUAUAAUUUCAUGGAACAAAUACUGUACUCCAAUUUUAAGUUGUAGGUCAGUGCUUGUGAUAGUUUGCUGGCCCCCACAGCACACCAUCGCUGUAGAGUAUGUGUCUCCAUGUGUUGCUGAGUCGUCGCAGACAUGCCGUGCAUAUCUUCAUUUAUUUCUGGCACUGUCGUCUCUGUGUUGCCACUCGCCACAUUUUGUACAUUGACCGCUGAACACACCUAUGGUCCAGCGUCAGCUGGGAUAGGCUCCAGCUCACCCGUGACGCCAGCUUGUUUGACAUCAAGUUCCUUAAUAAUUAGAAUUUGUACAAGUGCAUGACUGCGUGUGUAGAAUUGUAAACAAUAUAUGAGCAAUGUAAAGGAUAAGUUCAAUGACAUAAACACGUCCGCACAUUUCUGAAGUAAAUUGUUGCGUGGGUGAAAGCCUACCUUGAGGUUCGGACCGGGUCAUGUGUUGGCCUUUGCCGCUCUCUGGGUCAGCACCUGCCCACAAAGCACUUUUAGUACCUCAGCAUCCCAUCCACAUCUCCAGUAAAACCAGUCAAGAUUUACCUCCCUGGAUCUUGAAACACAGUUUUUUCUUCUGGUAAGCGAAGUAACUGGACGCUGCUCCUAGCAAGGCCACUCCAAUGGCACUGGCGAUUCCGGCAAUUGUCCCGGAUCCGGCCUCUUGGAGACAAAAGCAAACAAAUCCAUCAGGGUGAUUUUUCUUGACGGUGGAUGGAUGUGUGGAUGGAUCCCAGCGCAAAACCUUCUAUACUCACAAACCUCAGAACGUAUGGAAGAACCAAUUCAGACUAUAAAACCAUGUCGCCCCACGCCACACCCACUACUAAAAAAAUGAUAAUGUAAUCAUUUCCUGAAUUGAAAACAUGAUUGAAUCUAAUGAUAUAGUCUUCUGCAAUCCACAGUUUUUGUUCCUUAGCUUAGAAAAUACACUUUCACUGUGUUUGCUCCCCCUUUUGGCACGCACACGAAUAAGGCUAAAAGACGCACCUCCCAACCUAUUUAUACACUGGUGUGCCAUCCAAUUAAAAUGCAGCAAAAUCACAGUAAAGCACAGAACCUGCAGUUUUAAAAGCCAUUGAAAUUCCAGUCAUCCCUCGUUUAUCGCAGUUAAUCGGUUCAGGACGGUGAUUAAUGAAUUUCCGUCAAGUAUUUAUGUAGUGAGGGCAUAGAAAACCUGUUUAUGACCUUUUUAAAUAUGUUUUUUUGACAUUUUUAGAGCCCUCUAGACAUGAAAUAACACCCCUAUAGUCACCUUUACACUCUAGCCAACAUAGUAAACAUAAAACAUAAUGUCGGCUCAGACAUGAUAGCAGUGGGACACUUCCUUGUUCCUUUUUAACUUCUGGUUUCCGUGCAGUACUUCCUGCGGUGGCUGACAUUACAAUAUAACAUCACCUAGUGACCAGUGUAGAAUACCACAUAUCAUCACAACAUGUUUUUGAAUGUGUCUUGUGAAUACCUUACAUUUGUAUUUUCCUUCAUUUUGCCAUUUUUUUUUUUGCUUGAAAAUGCUUAAUUUAGGCAAAAAUUACAUCAGAUUUGCCUAAAUAUGCGUAUUUUUUUGGACAAAUAAUAGGCCGUAUUCAACCACGGAAACUGCCAUGAUUUAUUAAUGAGUAUAUUUUUGAAAAAACACGAUACAGUGAAGCCGCAAAAUUCAAAGCGCAAAGUGGCGAAUGACGGCUAUUUUCAUUGCGCAAAUGGUAGUUAAAAAACAGCAUUGCAGCGACAACAGCUUCGGUGUGUAACAGUUUUAAUAAAAUAAUUUGGAAAAGUUGGGAAGGCCGGAAUAAAAAGCUAUGGCCCAAGAUCAAGCCUGUCCUCGGUCCUUCUGAUUCAUACUCAUUUUUAAGAGUUUGGUCAAAUAUCAAGGUCGAAGUACACCAGAUGCUUGUUGGUGGUAACAAAAAAAAACAUCUGGUCUGAGUGAAAAUUCCUGAGCUAAUUGUAACCAAAUAUUAGAUUGUACACAUUUGAGUGUGUAUAAUCUAAUAUCUCCCAAAAUAACUUCAGACUUCUGCACCCAAUCCUUGUUUUAUUAAUUUGCCAAGGCGUACAUCACGCUUGCAUUUUUGCCACAUGCAGCUCAGACGAUGUUGAAUGACACCAUUUUGGACCGAUGUUGAAAUCUCAAUUACUGCCGCAGACACAAAAACUCUGACCAAUCUACUGUGCACCCAAAACUAACGUCUGCAUUAGCAACAGACAGAGAACUAGGAAUCCAACAACUCAACCAAUUUCCCCAACAGCUAUUGAGUGGUCAUUAAAAAAACUAAAAACAAAAAAUAAAUUCAUGAAAAGGAGACUAUUGUGUUAAUGAGAACUGUGCGGAGGAAAACCCAGGUGCUGUCUGGAAUCACUGGAAAUGCUGCAGUUGUUUGAGUAAACAUGACGAGUGUUGCAGUGACGUGUGGUCGUCCGCUAAGAAGACCAAUGGCAGACCUGGGUUUGUCAUCCAGUUUGAGAUGAGAAAGCUUCAUGAAUGAAAACAAGAUGUUACCUACAGAAUACAGAACCGAGUCCAGUUGCAUCUGGAUCUGACUUCCCUUGGAUAGUCAUACCAGAAUCAAGUACCAAGAACCUUAGUCAAAAGAUCGUGAGGAAUCAGUACAAUCAGGCCACAGCCUGCAUCAGUUCCAAGAUCCUCUCUAAGGUCUGUCUUAUAUUGGACAUCCACAUAAAGAAUUCCUCCGGCAUGUUAGCAAUUAGCAUCUUCAGGACUUGGCCCCACUGAAGGUCUGGGUCUGCAACAACACAAAAUUGCACCAUAGUUUUAGCCACAUAGACCGGACCAGACCUACACCAGACCAGGGUGACACCUGAUAAUAUCUAAUCAAUAUAUAAUCAAAGUAAAAGUUCAAUAAAUGGAGUAGUUGGUGAUGCUGCCAUAUUUGAAAUAAAUAAACCCCACCUGCGCCGGAACCCAAAAGGUUAACCAUAGCAGAGUUAAUAAUAGCACAAGUCAAAAAUAGUAAACCACUCUGACGCAGAGGCACUGUUCUGUUUUUGUUGCAUAUUAUUAGAACUUGUACAUGCACCUUGACAGGGGGAUUUUUUGGUUCUUUUUGGUAUUUUUCGGGGGUGCAACAAUUCCUCAAAUAAUUAGAGUACCUUGAUUACAAAAAAUAAACAAGGAUUUUUUUUCUGCAUUUCCGAAUUGCUUAAGUCACCAGAGGAUGAAGAAGGAAGCGGAAGGCACGGGGAGACUGAAGAGGCGAGUGAAAGAGACAAGGCAACGAAAAAGAAAAAAAACAACAUGUGAAAAACAGACAGAAAAUGUGGCGAAACAGCAAGUUGAACGCCGUGACGUGUAUGCGUUGUAACGCGGCACUAACAUACCACAACAGCACAUCUUACUGUAUAUGUUGCAUCAUCUCCUCCCGAAUGGAGCGGGAGAUCAGAGACACGGUCAAAUUAACGAAGCGCAAAUCAGUGAGAUGAAGGUUAAUGUAGCUUACUAACAGCACGCGGAGGGCGGGCUUUCUCUUAAUUAUGACUACUGUUGAAUGUGUGGCACAGGGGUGUCCAAAGAGCGGCCCGGGGGCCAUUUGCGGCCCGCGGUCGUGAUUGUAUCGGCCCGCAGAACAGUCUAAAAAUGUAAUUUAACAAGGAAACUAAAAAAACAAACAAACAAACAAACAAACACCAGCAGCAAAAAUGGGAAAGUCAAAAUAUUAAUUGAAGAGAAGAGUUUGUAAUCUAGCAAAGAAAAAACACAUCAUUUCACAAGAAUAAGUAAUAGUAUGAGGAUGUCGAGAAAUGUCAUUUUUUUAAGUAAAAAACAAUGAAUAAAGUUGUAAUUUUUUUAAAUUUAGCUUGGGGGGGGAAAAUUUAUAACAUGGGAAUAAAGUCAAAAUAUUAGGAGAAGAAAAUAUAAAGGAAGAAAGUUGAGAUAUUUGGACAAUAAAAAAAAUCAACAGCAGAAAUUUGACCAGGGUAAAGUCAAAAUAUUAAGAGAAAAAAAUAGUUUCCUAAUGAGAAAAAAAGUUGCAAUUUUAUGAGAAUAAACUUGUAAAAUGAGAAAAAAUAUCAUUUCAGUAACAAUGUUGAAAUAAAAAAAAAAACAUUUUUUUCAAAAGACAUGAAGUUAUAAUUAUGAGAAGAACAACAAAUAGUUGCGAAAUAAAUAAAAAAAACAGCAGAAAUACAGAAAAAACAGCUGUAGUUUUACAGGAAUAAAGUCAAAAUAUUAAGAAAAACGUUAUAAUCGAACGAAGAACAAAAGUCACAAUUUUACAAUAAUAAAUUCACAUUAUUAUGGAAAAAACGUCAUUUUUCGUAGCAUUUCAGCUAUUUUACAAAGGUGAAAUGCAGUUUUUUAUUGAGCUACAUAUACUGUAGCUUCUUAGCAUAUCUCUAUGUGUUGGUUUCCUAAAUAUCAAAGUGGCCCUUGCAUCCGUUCAUUUUUCAGAAUGUGGCCCUCGCUGGAAAAAGUUUGGACACCCCUGGUGUGGCAUUAUAUAACGGUGGUAAAGUGACUUCGUACAGGGUUUAUUUCAUCUGCAAAGACACAGCGCUGUGAGUUAACAAGAUGCAAAAUAAAAACAUUUUAGCUCACUAAUCACUGCUCAUUUCGAGCAGACAAUACUGUGUAAUGGAACAAGGAAGUGUGUGUCUCACUCACUUAGUUGAGAGUAAUGUGUUCCACGACAGAAGGUGUCUUCAUUUUACUUUGAACGCUGCAAAAACUCUUUUAAAGAGUAUUUCUUUUAUUUCUAGUCAGGCUGUUUAAGUUUAGGAUGCAUACAUGCACAGCCAUCAACAUAAUGUAAUAUGUAAUUUAGUCUUGGUAAUGUCUUAGGCAAGUAUGUCUGUGUAGGCUCUCAGUCGUACAGGAGUUGUCCAUCGAGGAAAAGGCUUCUUGAGACGUCAUCUGUACU